GCCCCGGGAAGGGGGGCGGCUGCUCGUCCUCCCGCGCGGCAGGCGGGGCGCGGGCCGGGCGCCGCCACAAAGGGGCCGCUGUCGCGCCGCCCCGUCCCGCGCGGGGAGCAGAGCUUGACCCGCCCCUGAGGCGGCCGGCGGCUCCCGCUCUACUCGCACUGCCUCCAGUCUCGUCUCGCCGGCUCCGUCGGGCCCUCUCCCUGUGUCCCCGGCCUCCCCUCCCCGGCCAGCCCGCUCCACUCGCUCCAGUGCUAGGAGGGGGCCGCGCCCCACAGACCGGCCUGCGGACGGACCGACUGAUCCCGCGCCCCGGAGAGGAGCAGCCCGUCACCAUGGACCCCUCAUCUCUGGACGCAGCCAUCCAGCAUGCCCUGGCAGGCCUCUAUCCCCCUUUUGAGGCCACGGCGCCCACCAUCCUGGGGCAGGUGUUCCGUCUGCUGGAUUCUGACUUCCAAGGGGAUGGGCUGACCUUCCUUCUGGAUUUCCUUAUUCCUGCCAAGCGCCUGUGUGAGCAAGUGCGAGAAGCAGCCUGUGCCCCGUACUCACAUUGCCUCUUCCUGCAUGAGGGCUGGCCUCUGUGCCUGGGGGGUGAGGUCGUGGUACACUUGGCCCCCCUCAACCCUCUCUUGCUACGCCAAGGGGACUUCUACCUCCAAGUCGAGCCCCAGGAGGAGCAGUCCGUCUGCAUCAUGAUCAAAUGCCUCUCCUUGGACCUCCGCACAGUGGACACAAAGCCUGUUCCCGUGUCGUCCUACCCUAUACUUUUCACCCAGACGGGGCUGGAGACUAUCAACAGUGACUUUGAGGGAAGCCCCCUUCACAACUGCCUGGUCGCUUCAGAAGAUGGGAUUGUCUCUGUGCCCUGGACCAAGAUAACCAGCCCGGAGUUUGUGGAUGACAGACUUCAAGCAGUGAAUGUCCUUUCCCUGGCCUGGGGGUCCCUUCAGUUAGAGGCCCUCGAUUUGAGCUGCCCUCCGGAGCUGCCCCAGCCCAAGUCCCCAGGCUGCCAGGAGCUGCAUGCCCAGAGCUUGGCCAAGGGCAAGGGCAGGACUUAUGGAAACAAGUACCCAGGACUCAUCAAAGUGGAGCCAGCCAGGCCUGGGGAGGUGGCCUUCAGGAUGGACCAUGUGGCCAGCCAGGACUUGGAGGGAGAUUAUGUGGUCCUUCUGGAGAGCAGAGGAGGGUCUCCUAGUAGGGAAGUGGAGACAUCCCAUGGGUGUCCUUUGGGGGCAUUGGAGGAAUUAUCCAGAACUAAGCAAAUCCCUUUUUCUCAAAGAACGCCACCUCUCUCAGGCACCAGUGGGGGACCUUCCUUGAAAAAAUGGGCUUGUGAGAAGGCAGCAAGCUCAGAAGAGGAGCCCUGCGUUUUGGACUUGAGGAGAAAGAUCAACCAUAAGGUUGACUCACACACCCAUGACUCAGAACAGCAGCCCUGGGAGCCCUACCUCAAUGUCCUUGAGAAGCCAUUACCCUGGGCCUCUGGCCUGGAGGCAGGUGGUUCAGAAGACCUGGCUUCCUCCACAAAGGUGCAGGGACAUCUGGGAAACCCAGAAAAUAUGGUCCAGCCCAGGCCUGACCCAAAACAAGAGUCCUCCCUGCAUCUGUGCCCAGCUUCCUCUCCUGCUACUCCAGUCCCUGAAACCAAGAUGGAAGAGAGGGCCAAACUGAGCCAUGGGAGACUUUCCAAACCUGGACCUGGCCCCAGUCAGAACACCUCCUCCUCUAGGUCCCCCACUCCUGGGCUUAGAUUCUCCUUCUUGAAAGGGCAAAGGCAAGCCCCGGGACCACCAGAGAAAGCCUCACUCCAGCACGACGGGCCCUGGAAAGUCUUGUGUUCGCUCUACUCUCCCAAACCCAACCGAGCCAAGGGCUUGGGGAAAGCUGGGACAACUCAGACCAAAGCAUCGGGCCCAGCUGCUGACUCAGGCCCACUCACCAGGGAAAAGGCUGACUUUCCAGAAGGCCCUCCUGGAAGAGUCCCCGCUGUGGAUGAGGAGACCCCAGGGCCUGAACCCAGGAUGGGGGCUCUGAGUGUGGAGCUGUUCCAGUCAAGAAUAGCAUAUCUGCCAGGUGGUCGGGACAGGGCAGGGAGGCCCCUGCUUCUGGUGUCAACCACUGAGGGGGCCUGGGAGGCACCGUGGUGCACAAGCUCAGAAGUCACCAAGCUGCUUUCCUACCUGUGCACUGUCCCCAGGCCUGAAGAUAAAACCAAGGGGCUGGCUGUUGUGAUUGAUGCCAGGAAACAGCCCCCGCAUCCUGGUCUGGUCAGUGCCCUGCAGGCCACCCAGGCUCUGGCUCCAACCUCCAUGGGUGCUGUGCUCUACCUGGGGGACGAGGAGGCUGCUCUCCAGCCGGGGAUGCUGCCUGACAUCCAGGUAGAGGUGGUGACCUCACUGAAGGCUCUCGGCCACCACGUGGACCCCAGCCAGCUGCCCCCAGCCCUGGAGGGCUCCCUCCCCUACUGCCACUGCGAGUGGGUGCAAUUCUUCCAGAAGUUGGACCCUUUCCUUGCUGACCUCCACCGGGCUGCCUCCUUGCUAAAGGCUUCCAUCAACCAGAUUGAGAAGAGCGAGCCCCCUGGAGGGGUGCAGGAGGCCUCCAGGUGUCUGAGCAAGUCCAAGGAGCUGAUGGAGGCCGUGCUGAGGGACCCAGGCCUGCUGGGCCUCCAGCGGGAAGGGGGAGCCACUCUGGCCAAGCUGCGGCAGGAAGCUGGUAGGCUGGAUUCCAACCCCGAUGUCAGGAGCCAUCUGGCUGAAGCUGUCGCCUUGUACGGCCUCGUGGAUGAGCGGCUGCAUGUCCUAGUCAGUGCAUCCAACCAUCUCCUGGGGAGGCUGGAGCUCCGGAUCCGCCUGGGCCGUCUGGAAGCUGCCAUCCUCCAGGUCAGCAACUGGAUGGAGCAGGAGGGGAGCCGGUGCCUGCAAGCGCUGACCCCCAAAGACAGAAGCUUGGAGACCGUGGAGAAGGCUCACAUGGAGUUUGAGGACUUCUUUCUCCAGGCUGCAGCCCAGUACCGCCGUGGCCUGGAGCUGUCCAAGCAGGCGGCUGAGCUGGGAGCCGCAGCCAGAGGAAGCAGCGCGGCGGGAGGAGCAGAGUUCCCGGAGCUGGCAGCCUUCGCUUCCACCCAGCGGGCCUUCCAGGCGAAGCUGACCCACUUCUACAUGGCAGCUGAGCGGCAGCGCACGGACCUGGAGACGCUGCUCCACCUGCACCUCUUCUGCAAGAAGGUGCUAUGAUUAUGCCCAUUUUAUGCAUGAGGAAACACAGAGAAGUCAAACAACUCCUCCAGGGUCACACAGGGGGAAGUGGCAGAGCUGAGAUUCCAACCCAGGUCCCCGGGCUCUGGGGCCAGCCUCGAUGGGUAGUGAGAGGAGGAAAUGAAAUGUAAGUAACCCUCCCCUCCCCCGCCCCCGGGGCUGUAUUCUAAUUUGGUGUUGUUAUUAUCGACACCGAUAGGAUCAUCAUUAGUAGCAGUAGGAGCGGUGGUAAUGCCUCACGGGUUGAGGGCAUCUGGCAGCUUCUCUCACUUGCUUACUAAUUUCAGCCCAGAUCAGCCCCGUAGAGCAGACUCACGGCGACUCUGUGCCUUCUCACUCGCUCUUCCUCGAGAGACCUGCUGGUUUCUUGUCUUCAGCGCUCAGCUCACAUGUCCCCCACCUCCCGCCUGGCUGUCUGCCCCCCUCCCCCGCCCAUCUCUCUGGUCACCCUGUUUGUCUCAUUUCAAGGUGCUCACUGUGAUCUGGAAUGAUCCUGUGGCUUCAUCACCCCCCCAGGGAGGUGAGCCCCGGGACUGUGCCCUCAUCCUUCCCAGGUGCCUGGGACGGGGCAGGUCCCCAUAGAGGUCAAGCGGCCAGAGGGAGAGUGAGGAGUGAGGCAGAGGAAGGAAGACUGGGGGGAAGGGGGGCGUGUGGCAAGAUAGAGCUCCCCCCGCACGCCCCCCCCCCCCCAGGCCUGGAAAUCCUACAGGAGGUGGGAGCCUGACUUGGAAUCCCACCAUGGCCAUCUCGCUGUUUGACCUGGGCAGGCCCGUGCUCCUCUCUGGGCCUGAAUCCUGAUCCACACACCCAAAGGGUUGGUAAGAUGGUGGCAAAGGUGCUGCCCAUCCCUGCCCAGCCCAGCCUGGAAGAUGGAGUCCCAGCCAGGCGGACAGACAGACAAGACAGCCCUGGGCUGGGCUCAGCCCCAGGCUGAGAGCGUGCAUCCGGCAGCUUUGGCACUAAAUAAUAAUAAAACAAUUGUGCCACUAACAGAGAGUUAUGGAGCCCUUUCCCAGCCAUGAGCUCCGUGUGCUGCCGCGAAUAUGAAGCCAUUUAUCUAAAGACAAGUUCCCUUAAUCUGCGGAAAGAUGGUUUCCUUGGAGAAAACGGUUCUCCAAUCCCCACAGCUAACAGCUCGCUGUCGGCUUCUAAAUUAAUGGAGAGAAAGAUUAUGUUUUUCACGAGCUGCUGGGAACGUGUUGGCUCCUUUGCAGCCUGCAGACAUUUUGUGGGUGAAGUAGGGACAGUAGAAUCCCAAAAUGAGGCAGAAGCCCAGCGGAAUGGAUACUCCCACCCUGGGCCUGGGUCAGCUGGUAGUCUCGCUGGUGAGUGUGUGGGCACUGCCCUCGCUGGAACAGUUUCCCUCGUGCAAGGACGGGCUUGAGAGAGAAAUCUGUGGAAAGCUGGAUGCGUCUGAGUUCAAGUCCCAGCUCCCUCCUGAUUUGCCGCGUGACUUGGGUCAAGUGAUUUCAUGUGUCUGAGCCUUGGUUUCCCCCUCUGUGAAAUGGGCUGCUGGUACUAUUCAGUGCAAUCUUACAUGAGCUACCCAGAGCUUGGCAAACAGUCGGUGCUCAUUAAAUACCCAUGAGAUGCCUCCCUCCGUGGCACUCAGAACGGGUGAAGACAGUGUUCCCACCAUCCGAGAACCCGAAUGAUCCGCUAGUACCACCUCCCCUUCUUGAGAAGGAAAGGCAGAGCCCCAGCAAGGGGUGAGUCUUUGUGGGCCCCCGAGGGGAGGAGACCAUGCCUGAGGCUCCAAAGGGGGCUGAGGCCCGUUAGCUGAUGGCAGGUGUGUUUACCUCAGGGAAGAGAGGGGACCCGUUGUCUUCGCUGGCAGCAGAGUCCUUCAGGGCCACGCACAGGAAACCAGGGCAUUGACUGGGCGCUUCUUAUGACUUCAUCCCAACUGUACCUCCUCUCUGCUUGAAGAUGGGCUUCCCUAUCCUAUGUCCUGCUCCUAGACUGAACCCCAACUUCCUCUCUUGUCGCCCCCAGAUGACCUGGUUUCACACAGACUGCCAGGACCUGAUGAGGCAGCUCAGGCUGGGCAAGGCCCAGAGGGCCAGCCCCGGAGACCAGCGC